AAAUUAAAAAUCUUGAACAUUAAUGAAUGAAAAAAAGCCCAAAAAAACACAGAAAAGAAAACAUAGGUUAAAAGGUGAGUGAGACUCAAACUCACUCAAUCACUGACACUGUCUCCUUCACACGCGGCGAAGCGUACUCUAACCAAACAACACCAAACCAAACCACUCUCAAAAAAUCAAAAACUUCACAUUAUAACUCAACUCACUGAUUCAUUUUUCUCAUAACAACAUCAAAAAGAUGAAAACUUGAAGGUGUUGUUGAUAGUGGGGGUGUUUCUAGUAUUUUCCAUCACUUUCUCGGGAAAAUUAUGGCUUCAUCUUCAUGUUGCGGAAGUUUUCUCUCAAAUGUGGAUCGUUUUGUUCUUAGUGUUACUCCAGAUGUUCCUUCUCACAAUCUUGAUCUUCAGAGUUGUUCUCAUGAGCUAAAUAGCCAAUGGCUACCUCUUGGUAAGGACCCUGUUGAAUGCUUUGCAUUGAAAGAUCUUUGGGGUUGCUAUGAAAGAUGGAGUGCAAUGGGUGCUGGUACACCUAUACUGUUGGGAAAUGGUGAUGCUUUGACGCAGUAUUAUGUUCCGUAUCUAUCUUCCAUCCAAAUCUACACCAAUAAGUCUGUUGCAGCUUCCAGGAAUAGGAAAGAGGAUAUUGAUGCAGCUGAAUUUGAAUUUGAUUCAUGGAGUGAAGAUGAUAGUGGAUCAAGUGAUAACCUAUCUAGAUCGGUAAGUAACAAUUCUAGUAAGGCAUGGGAUGCUAAUUCCUUGGAUUCAAGCUCCGACCAAAUGGGUUCGUGGCCAACCAGGGAUAUGCUUGGAUAUCUUUACUUACAGUACACCGAGACUUCACCACCUUCGUCGAGGGUUCCAUUCGCUGAGAAGAUAACCGAGCUAGCUAAAAGUCAUCCAGCAUUGAUCACAUUGAAAUGUGUGGAUGUUUCUCCGGCAAGUUGGAUGGCUGUUGCAUGGUACCCUAUUUAUUGCAUACCAAAUCAUCAGCCAAGUGAAAAGGAGCUCUCGGCAUGCUUUCUCACUUACCAUACACUGUCAUCAUCUUUCCAAGAUUGUAAAAACAAGUAUGAUGAUAUUGACAUAGGGAAAGACAUAAGUUGUUAUGAGGAAUGGGAAGGCGUGGGAAAGAAAAGCAAGGCAAACAAGAGUGGUGUUAUGUCUCUGUCGCCUUUUGGGAUGGCUAGUUACAAAAUGCAGAAACCUUUUUGGUCAAGCUCUUCAGAAUCUGGUAAUGAAAGGAUGUUAGACAUGUACAGUGCCGCAGACUCGUGGUUGAAGCAACUCAACGUUCACCACCAUGACUUCAACUAUUUCACCCUCCGAACUCCUUUGUAAAUUGGUUUCGGUUGUUAUUUACUAACUCACCGCCGCCAUCUUAUUUAGUUUGGUACUUCGCCAGAACAAGUUUUCCUAUAGGUGCAGUUUUGGAAACACUGAGGUUAUAUGUCAAAGGAUGCAUAGUCUCUAGCAGAGUGAAGUUUUGUUUAUUUAGGAAGGAGCAUCCCUCUGAAAAAAAACAUAUUUUUCGUUUAUGCUAGUUUCCUAGAUAGGUUUAAUUAUAUUUUUUUUCUUUUCGAUAAACAAAUGUUAGUGAGUUAUGUUAGUUUUCAGAGUUGGUACUCUUUGGAUGUCCCUCAGCUCAUCAACCUAGUUGCCUUGUUGGGACUAGUUUCUUGGAUGGGUGAUAGCAGCUUGGAGGUGACUAAACUAUAAUAACUUUUGUACAGUUUAUUUAUUUAAAUGAUUGUUUUUGUGUUUUGUAUAUUCUCCUCUUGCUCCCAUGAUUCAAAAUGGUUUAUGUGCUCUAAGAGCAUU